AUUAGCACGUUUUACAAACGAAUGCGUUACUGCCGAUAAGUAUUUAGUGGUCGUGGCUUCAUAAACAUGGGUUUGGGUGUGCCUAGCAGAAUUUGACACGAAGAUAUGGACAAGUGGCUGAAUCGAAGAAUUAACUCUUUUUCUGUUGACUCCUUGCAAUCGUGUUCAGUGAUCAAAGUUUGAGACGUUUGUACAAUUGAAAGAUCUCUUCUACAAAUACUCAAAGUUACUAUUAUCCUUUAUUUCACUGGAGUUACCGACUGGAAUUCUGUCGAAAAAUAUAUUGAACCUUUUACAGAUGUUGAUCAGGUGUUUCCAAUAAUAUAAUGGAGUGCAAAAGACAAUCUGAACUGGAACUUUUAGCCAAACUCGAGGAAAAAAAUCGAGCUCUUUUUUCAGAUGCUAAAGUCGUUCCAUCUUUACAUACUCGUCGGCGAGAAGGUUCUUUAUCAAGUAGCAUUUCCACUGGAUCUGGGCAGGAUGAUACACGAAGCAAUGGAACAUCUUCGCUGCAACUUAAUGGUCAUGCAACACAUGGGUCGUCGAAAUCGAGUAAUACUUCUGGAGUUUCGAUUCCUUUAAUGAUUGGUUGGACCGCUGGAGCGCCAAUUAGCAGUUCUAUUCGUGAACAGUGGGACUACGUGAUAAAUAAUUGGGAUCAAUGUUCGAAAAAGAAAUCCUAUGUUUCUGAUCUUAUUAAAAAAGGUGUUCCUGAUGAAUUUCGUCCAUUAAUUUGGCAACUAUACUGUGGAGCUUAUGAUUCAGCUGUUAAAAAACAUUAUCAUAAUUAUUUGUUAGUGAAUUCACCGGUUGAAAAAGCAAUCCGACGUGAUAUUGCCCGUACAUUUCCUAAACAUGAUUUAUUUAAAGAUGAAAACGGUUGUGGUCAAGAAAGCUUAUUCCGUGUAAUCAAAGCGUAUUCAAUUCAUGACCCAGAAGUGGGCUAUUGUCAAGGCUCAGCAUUUAUUGUCGGAUUAUUAUUAAUGCAGAUGCCUGAACUUAAUGCAUUCGCUGUACUUGUUCAAUUAAUGAAUGAUUAUCGACUUCGUGAAAUGUAUAAACCAUCUAUGAUGGAACUUGGCGUUUGUAUGUACCAGUUAGAACAAUUAAUUGCUGAUAAUUUACCCGAAUUGUAUACUCAUUUUCGUACACAAUCAUUUGCACCAAGUUUAUAUGCAUCAGCAUGGUUUUUGACAUUGUUCUCUACUAUUCUACCUAUACCAUGUGCUACACGUGUUAUGGAUUUUUAUAUUGUUGAGGGCCUUCAAUUCAUAUUUAAAUUGGCUUUAUCAAUAUUGAAAUUUUCUGCUGACAAUUUGUUAAGAUGUGAUAUGGAGUCAAUGGUUGCAUUCCUUCAACAUGAAGGACCAUUAGCGUGGGAUAAACAUUCGAGUACUAUAUUUGAAAAUGCUUGUUCGCUUAAAUUGAAUACAAAAAAGAUGAAAAAAUUAGCGAAAGAAUACAUGACAAUGCGUAGUCAAGAACGAGAAGAACAAAUUGAAUUACGUCGUCUUCGUACUGAAAACGGAUUAUUAUUACAACGUUUAGCUCGUUUAGAAGAGGAAAGUGGAGUAAUGGCUGAUCGUUUAGUUAAAUGUCAAUUGAUUCGAGCACAAGAAGCUGAAACUACCAUUGCAUUACGUUGUGAAUUAUCUAUAUUAAGACGUGAAUAUGCUAAUUUAAAUUCUAAUUCUAAUUUAAUAACUAAUGAAUUUUUAUUGAAUAAUAAUAAUAAUAAAAGUGUUGAAGAUAAUGAUGAACAAGAUAAAUUAUUAUUGAAAUCAACCACAAUAAAUAAUGAUGAUGUACUACCAACGAAUGAACAGACAAUAAAUACUACUAUUUCCAAUACAAAUACAACAAUCACAAAUAUAUCUAACACAAAUCAGAAUUAUACCAUUAAUGAUACAGUACAUCAAUCACUUGUUAAUGGUUUCUCAUCACCUACUUAUAAUAUUCAGAAUGAUUAUACUACUAUUAAUACUACUACUACUAAUAAUAAUAAUAAUCAUAAUAAAACUUGUUCUUCUUCUUCUUCAUUACAUGAACAACAAUUAAAUAAUUCAUAUGAUUUUUGUACAUUACCAAGAUCAAGAAAUCGUGAUUAUCAAAUAAACAGUGGUAAUCAUUAUAAUGAAAUGAAAAAUGAUGAAUUAUUAUCAACUACUAUGAAUCAAUUACAAACAGAUUUAAUGAAUUCACGUUUUAAUGAAGCAGAUACUAAAAAAAUAUUACAUGAAUUACGAUGUAAAUUACAUGAAUUAGAAGAGUCAAAAUUGGAUCAAUCACUUCGAUCAGCUGAACAAAUUGCUGUAUUAAAAGAUGAAUUAUUUGGUGCAAAACUUCGAGAAACUGAAUUAAUAAAUCAAGUAGAAGAGUUAAAAAGAAGAAUUGAUGAUUUGAAUUCACUUUGGCAGGCACAUCUUGGGAAAUGUAAAUGUGUGAACAAUGAUACAAAACGUUCUUCACUUUGGAUUGGUUCUUUAAACUCACUGGAUUCACAUGAAACGAAUUUUAAGAUGAAAUUUUCUGACCGACUACUUGAAACACGAUUCGUCAAUCAAAUCAGCAGUUUAAAACAACAGAUUACUGAUUUAACUGUACAACAAGAAUUAUCUGAUCGUCGAGCUGAUCGUUUAGAUAAACGUGUCACUGAACUACUCGAAUCACGUACAGCAUUUCAAACAAGAGAACGUGAAUUAACACUGGAAUUAAAGCAAUUAGAACAGAAAUGUGCUGAUAUAGAAGCGAAGCGUAAAGCCGAUGGUGUUAUGUGGCGUAGUCGUGAAAUGGAAUUUAAAACUCAACUAGCUGAACGUAAACAAGGUUAUUUACAAUUGGAAUAUCAAUAUGAAAGUCUACUGACAUCACAACGUCUUCAAUCGAAAACCGAUAAUCAUGAAUUGAUGCUUAGAAAAUCAUCAUUGGAUUCUGAUAAAAUAUUAGAAAUGACUAAUAACACUAAUAGUACCACUGAACAUAAUGGUAGUAUCAAUAAUAAUAAUAAUGCUAAUCGUUUUACGCUUGGUAGUUAUUUAAAAUUUACUCAACCAAAUCCUCCAUCUGAUCCAUCAAAUUCCACUGUAUCUACACCAAAAUCAACAACAGAUAACAAAAUAGUGAAUUAUGAUAAAUCAUAUUGUCCUAUCAAUGGUGAAUUAUAUUCAAUGUGGAAAGAUUUACCACCAGCUGUUAUGACUGAAUCAAUUGGUCCAUUAGAAGAUCUUUGUCUUAUACCAGAUGAUCCAAUGAUUACAAGUGUUUACUUGAAUUCAUCUUCAUCAGCAACAUCAGCUACAACAACAACGACAACAUCUCCACCGUCAACUCCACCAUCUAUUAUAUCGAAUAAUCAUUUCUAGUCGAUAUUAUGCUUGUACGCUUUCAUGAUAUUUCUUGGUUAUACUGCUAAUAUUAGUAAUUUUUUAUAUUUACAUACAGUUACACAUAUAUACAUUCAAAUAUCUGUUGUUGUUAUGUAUUGUUUGACAUUUGUAUUCCAAGUGUAACUGAAGAGUUUUUUUUCCUUCCCUCCUCCUCCUCUCUCUUUCUCUAUCUCUUUUACAACUAAUCUACCUUCAUAUUGUAUAUCUAUUACAAUAUUUUGAUAUUUAAAUAUAUUCAUUUGUUGUUAGCAAUAAGGCAUAGAACACAUCGAUUUUUAAUGUAUAAUAUAACUGUUGUAAAUGGAUACCUCAUUAGUCUUUUCUUUGUUUAUUUAUUUCUCAUUAAUCACUUAUAUUACUUGAUCAUUUCAGUAAUAUUUUUCAUUGAAAACAUUUAAACAAACAUGAUUGAUACUUUUCUUUUUUUUUAAUUUAGAAAUUCUUAUUUAUUUCCGUCUAUAUAAAGAGAAAUGUUUUAGUCUUUCAGAUACUACUUAUAUCAUGUAUAAACAUACUUAUAUGUUUAGAACUUUUCUUCUUCUUCCUCUUUUAUCUGCUUGUUUGUUUGUUUAUUACCUCAUCACUGUUUUUCUCGUUGAAAAUUGUUAAUCGAUGUAUUAUUGUUUUUUCUCUCUCACAUUUUCUGAAGUUGUUUCCAAUGAUCACUAUCAUCAUUGUAUCUUCAUUGAAUAGAUUGAUAAUAAAAGAGUAUCAAUCAUGUAUCUAUGGAUAUAUACAUUCUUUUCUUUUGCAAUUAUUAAGUAAUCCAUUACGAUGAUUCAUUUGUGUACAUUAAGUUUAUUAUAGAAAUAUGAUCUGUUUGUAUAUGUUCAUCUUUGCCUGCUUUUCUUUUGCAUGAUAUUAACCCCGGUUUAUAAAUAUUAUGUAACUAUUAACUGCUGUUCAUUAUGUUAUGGAUUGAUCAAUGAUUAUAAUGACAUGAUUCCAACUUUUUAUCAUCAUCAUUAUUCUCCUUACUUUAUAAAAGGUAUCUGCUAUGGCAAAGUUGAUUUUUCUUACAUGAAGAUGAUUACAAAAACACGUCCAAUUAUUAUUAUUGUUAUGAUUACCAUGUUUUGUUUUUCACCCCCCAUUCUUUUUCUUGCCGUUGUUGUUGUUGUUGUGAUAAAAUAUUCUUUCUAGAUGUGUAUACACUACAUUCAUUUCAAGAUUAGAUAUUAUUAUUAUCAUUAUUCGUCUAUGAUUCAUGGGUUGUUGUUUUUUCUUUUCCUUAUUUCCUUUUACCCAUGUUAUAAGAAGAAAUGGGAUUUAUUUUAGAAAAGUUUGCCUCCUUUAUUAUUUUGCUUCAAAUGCAUUUAUAACGUAUUUUGCAUAUAUAAUAUAUAUGUUUCUAUAUAUUACUCUAUUUUUGAUGGAGUUUUGUUCUCAGAGCUGGAUAGUUUGAUCGUGGAGCUUACCUUGUUCAUCGUAGAAGACGUCUACCUGAAGUUUUUGCUGUGAUGAUGUCAUAUUCAGAUGAACGAUAAGAGGUCCACGAUCAUUCAUCUCAGAGAACAAAACUUCAUUAAAAUUAUCCUUUUGAGCUAUAAAUUUUCUCCAUCAUCUCAAAAUCAUAUGAGCAUGGUAUUGCUCUAUUGUAUAUGUUUUGUUUAAAGUGUAUUCUAUUACUUCCUAUUAAUGGUAAUGAUUAUUUGUUCAUUUGAACUAUAGACAAUCUAUUCAUUUACAUCGGAACACAACAUUAAUAUUCAUGUAAAUCAUUUUACUCUUUAUUAUAUAUCAGAGUAAAUGUUCUUUUUUGUGUUAGUGAGUGAGAAAAUAUAAAAAAAUAUUGAUUUUGAAAUCCGUUUCUUUUUUUUACUUUUUUUCUUUUUAUAUUUUAUUGAAAUCAUAAAGUUAUCCAUGUUAAAGUAUCAUUGAAAACCUAGUAAUCUAAUAACCCUAGCAAUCGAUGGUGAGAGACCUUGAAUUGUAAUAUUGCUCAAAAUCGUUUGAAAUGGCGUAGGUGCAUUCACUCUUUGUGUUCUCCUAAAUUCUAAUCUACUGAAUUCUUCAUAUCCCUCUUUUUUUUCUCUUUCCAAACUUAUUUCAUUGGAUUAUACUCCUUGAAUAACAUCUUCAAACCGUAAUGUUUCCUAUUACUGCUUAUAUUUUUACUAUCUCUACCACUAUGGGAUUUGAAUCGACAACUCUAUCUCUGUACUAAUGUCGUAUGGUAACUCGAACUGAUAUACGUACGUAUGAAGUUCUACGUUGUUACUGACUGACUAACAACCCUAUAUUGAAAAAUACUUUCAAUUUUGUUUGUAUGAUUGAAAGUUUGAAAUAUGAAACUGGUUGAAUAGUUUGUAUGAAUUAUUCACUAUACUCAUAUUGAUAUCUUUCUUUUUUCGAUAUAUAGAUGGUUUCAACAAUUUAUAUGAUCAAUAUAAAAUUGUACUACU